AUAUUUUGUUCUUUCAGUUUUACAACCUGUGGACCCUUGCUUGCAGGUUAUAUUUAUAUUAUCAGACCCUGACGCUCAGCAGUUAAAUUCCUAUGCAUUAUUGUAGUUUCUGAAACACUAACACCUUAGAAUGGGUACAAGAAUAGAUUCACCAUAGACUUUCUCCUGUGCAGACAUAUUCCUCUCAAAGAAAAGUUUAGAAUCUUAUUCUCCGAACAAGUAGAGGAAUUAUUUCUGAUGGGGAAUGGAGGAAUCCACUAUCUAUGAUGUCUUGAAACCUUCACAGCCAUUUUCACCUUUCUAUGGAUGAUUCUGCUGACUAAAGCAUCUUGUACCUUGAGAGAUGGCCCUCUUGUUUACUUGUUUUAAGCGCAUAAUUAAUGAAUUAAUUCAUUUCUGUCAAGUUAUAGCUGGGAUGCAUUUCUUCUUCUUUUUAUAAUUUAAUUUAUUUAUAAUAUUAUUACCAUAUUGUUGUUGGUAAUGGUCACUGUAUGAUGCAGUUAUCUGUCUGCAGUGCCAUAGCUAUAUGCUUUAUGAUAUUAGCUUGACUAUAGUUUCCCCUGAGCAAAGAAAGAGAUCGCUAUCUCCAAACUCAGUCUUUUAUUCAUCAUUUUUCUUUAUCCAUUUUCUUUUCAUCUUGUUUGCUUUCAGAUAUCAGUGUGUUCUUGUUAAAUGAAGGAGCUUUGUUUUAGUCACCUGCAGAAGGAUCAUGAAAAAUGCAAGCUACUUUGUGCGUCACUUUCAAGAAGCUUAUGCAUGUCGCUAUCUACACUAGUUCUUCAGUUCUAGACUUCCAGAUGUAAUGCAUGGAAGUUGGUGAGCUCUGCAUCCAACACUGUUCAUUGUGCCAUUGUGGUUUCUGCAAACAUAAUGGUGCAGCCCGCAAUUUUCACAGAAUUAAACAAAAGCUCAUGCCUAGAACAUUAUUCCAUCCCAUUUGGCACAACGAAUCAAGAGAAGAAACUUAUAGCAUUAAAAAGACACUGUACAACAAGUUCGUCAAGAAGGUGUUGGCAAGAAUUGAAUUCGUAACUUUCAGACAUAAAGUUAUCUGCAUGUGAACUAUAUACAAAGCAUAAAGCCAGAUCGAACAGGAAAAAGAAAAACAGGAA